AUGUCGAAGACCAAGCAGUACACGAAGGAGGAGAUAGCGACACACAACAAGCCCGGCGAUCUGGCGAGUUUUCUGUCUCUGGAGGUCCUGCUAUGGAUUGUCGUGGACUCCAAGGUAUAUGACCUUUCACGCUUCGGUGCUAUGCACCCUGGUGGCUUCGCGGUCCUGCUUGACGAUGAAGUCGCCGGACAAGACGCAACAGACACAUUUUUCUCCUUACACAGGCAUGAAGUUCUGCUGAGGCCUCAGUAUGCUCGCUUGCAGAUUGGUGUAGUCCCAGGAGAGACGGAACAAAUCAAACCAAGAGCCAUUGGUGCAAAGAGCGAGAUCCCAUACGCAGAGCCUACAUGGCUUACGCCGGGUUAUCACAGUCCUUACUACACAGAUGCCCACCGUAAAUUCCAGGUAGCUUUCCGCGAGUUUGUGGAACGCGUUGUUCUACCGGACGCUCAAGCCAGAGAGGAAGAUGGCAAACGCCCGUCGCAAUCGGUCUUUGAUGAGAUGGCCAAGUUAAAUAUUAUCGCGAUGCGCUUUGGUCCCGGCAAACACUUGGAAGGUCGUACCCUCAUGAAUGGGCUCGUGAAGCCCGAAGAGUUCGACUGCUUCCAUGAAUUAAUCAUGGCUCAAGAGUUGGGACGCUUGAAUGCCCGUGGUUACACUGAUGGGCUUGGCGGAGGAACUGCGAUUGGACUCCCCCCUAUCAUCAACUUCGCCCAACCAGCGCUACGCGACAGAAUCGUGGAAGAAGUCUUCUCUGGCCAGAAAUUCGUAUGUCUUGCUAUUACCGAGGCGUUCGCCGGUAGCGAUGUAGCAGGUCUACGGUGUACCGCUAAGAAGACUGAAGACGGGAAACACUGGAUAGUGAAUGGCACGAAGAAAUGGAUCACGAACGGUGCAUUCGCAGAUUAUUUCACCGUUGGUUGUCGCAACGAGAAGGGCAUGGUCGUCCUGUGCAUCGAGCGACAGGAGGGCUUGGAGACUAAGCUCAUCAAGACGUCUUAUUCAACGGCUGCCGGAACUGCAUACAUCACCUUCGACAAUGUCAAGGUCCCUGUCGAGAAUACGCUUGGACCUGAAGACAAAGGUCUCCACGUUAUCCUGAGUAACUUCAAUCACGAACGAUGGGGUAUGGCAUGCGCAAACAUCUCAUCGCAACGAGUUAUCGUUGAGGAGUGCUUCAAGUGGGCGAACCAACGAAAAGCCUUCGGGAAACCAUUAAACUCGCAACCAGUCAUCAGAGCCAAACUCGCUCAGAUGGUUGCUAGAAUUGAAAGCGCUCAGAACUGGCUUGAAAAUGUUACUUACCAGAUGAACAACAUGAGCUACAACCAACAGUCCGACAAAUUGGCAGGACAAAUCGCGUUCUUGAAGAUGUACAGUACACAUACGUCGCAAGAAACGGCUGCCGAUGCUGUCCAGGUCUUCGGAGGUCGUGGGAUCACCAGAUCGGGGAUGGGGAAGUUUAUCGAGCAUGUGCUAACCGCUACGGAACAGUACCACCGCACGGUGCCGUUUGACGCUGUACUUGGAGGAGCCGAAGACGUUCUCGGCGAUUUGGGUGUACGACAGGCACUGCGCAAGAUGCCCAAGGAUUCUAGACUAUAA